CAAAUGCGAAUGUGAUCCAGUGCUUUGCUUUUUGCACGAAAAUCACUUCCGGAUAUUUAGAAUGAAACCUUUGAUAACGCUGUUGUUCUUAGUCCUUGUUGCAGUGGCGAUAAACGCCGAGGCCAAGGAGAAGAAAAGCGCAGAAGCAGACGACAAGAAACAAAAGAAACGUGGCCUACUCAGCUUAGGAUACGGGUAUGGUGGAGAUUUUGAUAAUGGCUACCACGUAGGACAAGGUGGAUACGGUCUUGACGGUGGUUACACACUAGGAUUAGGCCAUCUCGACUUAGGACACACUACUUCCAUUGAGAAGACAAUAACUUUGGUUAAAGGAGUACCUGUACCAUACCCAGUAGAGAGACACGUCCCUUACCCAGUUACCAAACACGUACCUUACCCAGUAAAGGUACUAGUACCACAACCAUAUCCAGUAGAGAAACCAGUAGCAUAUCCAGUUAAAGUACAUGUUAAAGUACCAGUACCAGUUCCUCAACCCUACCCCGUUGAAAAAAUUGUCCACGUCCCCGUUAAAGUACCAGUCGACAGACCAUACCCAGUUAAAGUACUUGUUCCACAGCCAUAUCCAGUUGAAAAACACAUCCCAGUACCAGUCAAAGUUCCAGUACCUCAACCCUAUCCAGUAGAAAAACCUGUACCAUACCCAGUUAAAGUACCAGUCCAUGUACCUCAACCUUACCCAGUUAUUAAGCAAGUACCAGUACCAGUUAAAGUACCUGUCGACAGACCAUACCCUGUCCACGUACCACAACCCUACCCAGUACAUGUUAUUAAGAACAUCCCAGUUCCAGUUGAAAAACCAGUACCAUACCCAGUCAAAGUACAUGUCGACAGACCAUACCCUGUUCCAGUAGAAAAACCAUACCCAGUACCAGUUAAAGUACCUUAUCCAGCACCAUACCCAGUAGAACGACCAGUACCAGUACCCGUCGAAAGACCCGUACCAUACGCAGUGAAAAUCCCAGUCGACAGGCCCGUACCUUAUGCUGUUGAGAAACCUGUAGCAGUACCUGUUGAGAGACCAGUACCAUACCCAGUAAAAGUACCAGUCGCAGUACCAGUAGAAACCCACCACGGCUAUAGCCAUGCUGGCUAUGACGAUAUCUACGAUGGUGGAUAUGAGUAUGGCCACAAAUAAGUUUUUGUAGUAGUUCGCACUAUGUGUGUGUACCUUUUUAGAGUACCUAUCAAUCUUGUAAAGCUAUUUAUAUUUUUCCCUUUUAUGUUACCUGUUUCUCAAUAAAAGCUGUUAUAUUUUUUAUAAA